AUGAUCCACGAGGCCUCGCGCCGCCACCAGGCGCAGGACGGCGCCUACUCGCCGCCCAUCGCGCCCUCGUACACGCUGGAGCCGUGGUCGCAGGCGCGCCGCCUGCGCAUGAUCCACGAGGCCUCGCGCCGCCACCAGGCGCAGGACGGCGCCUACUCGCCGCCCAUCGCGCCCUCGUACACGCUGGAGCCGUGGUCGCAGGCGCGCCGCCUGCGCAUGAUCCACGAGGCCUCGCGCCGCCACCAGGCGCAGGACGGCGCCUACUCGCCGCCCAUCGCGCCCUCGUACACGCUGGAGCCGUGGUCGCAGGCGCGCCGCCUGCGCAUGAUCCACGAGGCCUCGCGCCGCCACCAGGCGCAGGACGGCGCCUACUCGCCGCCCAUCGCGCCCUCGUACACGCUGGAGCCGUGGUCGCAGGCGCGCCGCCUGCGCAUGAUCCACGAGGCCUCGCGCCGCCACCAGGCGCAGGACGGCGCCUACUCGCCGCCCAUCGCGCCCUCGUACACGCUGGAGCCGUGGUCGCAGGCGCGCCGCCUGCGCAUGAUCCACGAGGCCUCGCGCCGCCACCAGGCGCAGGACGGCGCCUACUCGCCGCCCAUCGCGCCCUCGUACACGCUGGAGCCGUGGUCGCAGGCGCGCCGCCUGCGCAUGAUCCACGAGGCCUCGCGCCGCCACCAGGCGCAGGACGGCGCCUACUCGCCGCCCAUCGCGCCCUCGUACACGCUGGAGCCGUGGUCGCAGGCGCGCCGCCUGCGCAUGAUCCACGAGGCCUCGCGCCGCCACCAGGCGCAGGACGGCGCCUACUCGCCGCCCAUCGCGCCCUCGUACACGCUGGAGCCGUGGUCGCAGGCGCGCCGCCUGCGCAUGAUCCACGAGGCCUCGCGCCGCCACCAGGCGCAGGACGGCGCCUACUCGCCGCCCAUCGCGCCCUCGUACACGCUGGAGCCGUGGUCGCAGGCGCGCCGCCUGCGCAUGAUCCACGAGGCCUCGCGCCGCCACCAGGCGCAGGACGGCGCCUACUCGCCGCCCAUCGCGCCCUCGUACACGCUGGAGCCGUGGUCGCAGGCGCGCCGCCUGCGCAUGAUCCACGAGGCCUCGCGCCGCCACCAGGCGCAGGACGGCGCCUACUCGCCGCCCAUCGCGCCCUCGUACACGCUGGAGCCGUGGUCGCAGGCGCGCCGCCUGCGCAUGAUCCACGAGGCCUCGCGCCGCCACCAGGCGCAGGACGGCGCCUACUCGCCGCCCAUCGCGCCCUCGUACACGCUGGAGCCGUGGUCGCAGGCGCGCCGCCUGCGCAUGAUCCACGAGGCCUCGCGCCGCCACCAGGCGCAGGACGGCGCCUACUCGCCGCCCAUCGCGCCCUCGUACACGCUGGAGCCGUGGUCGCAGGCGCGCCGCCUGCGCAUGAUCCACGAGGCCUCGCGCCGCCACCAGGCGCAGGAGUGA